GCAAUCAGUGAAUCACGAAUGGUGACCCCUUGGGUCUUCGCCCGCCCGCCCAUCUAAACGCCCACACGCGGGCGCAGCAAUUAACGUGAUUGCGUGUGGCUGCGUAUACAAGCAGCUAUAGUAUACGCGUGCGCAUACGUGAUGGGGUCGGUCAUCGCUAUACGCCCGCGUGCCAGCGCUCUUCUCUGCGCGCUAUCAGCUAUGAGCCAUAGCUUCUUCUCACACUUCACGAGUCAUGAGUCUAUGGAGGUGGCAAUACGCCAUCCUCCCACAGCGCUAUAUAUAGUUGUGCCCAACAAGGCAACGGGCGCGCGCGCGCAAAAUCCAAACCGCAUCGAUGGUCACAACAGUUUGCUUCCCUUCUCACCUUCGCCCUUCUCGCCUCCGCGCGAGCUACAGCUAGGUGUCAGCUUCAAUAAGCAGCUCCUCCUUCUCUUCUACCUACAUCGCAGCGCGAUUCCCAAGCUGGCUCUUGGGUGGUUGUUCCAAGCUUCCUCCUCUUGUUCCAGACGUUCUUCAAGAACACAAUACAACUCGCGAGCAUACAAGCUGGUCUUGUGCUUCUUCGAUUCAUCAGCCUCAUCUCUGCUUCGCCAUGCGAUUCUCAAACAUCUUGAUACUCUACACGGCAGUCGCCGCCGCUUCCACUUCUGCAGCUCCUAUCCCAACGCAGGGCGAGCUUGACCAAGUAAGUAUGUGGUCGAGUGCGGCUCACAGUGGUGCCAGUGACCACGCUAGCGCCUUGUUCAAGCGCCAUGGUAAGGCUGCGGGCAAAGGUUGGCACAGCCCCAUUCCCGGCUCGCUCAGACAGUGGGGCUACGCGUUGAGCGCUUUGGGCGUUGGCU